AUGUCGCCUCUGCUGAGUCGGGGCUACCUGCGCGCGGUUCUGCCCUGGGUCCGCGGUGCCAGGCUCUCGGCCGGGUCCCGCGGGGCCUCGGGCGGCCCGGGUGGCGCACGGGAUUCUCCCGCCGGAGCCAGCUGGCUGCAGGGCGAGGUGGACAGGUUCGGAGGCGUCUCCGUGCGGCUGGGCGCGCUGGACCGCCUGGACGCCGCCGCCUUCCAGAGGGGCCUGCAGGCUGCGAUCCAGCGCUGGCGAUCAGAAGGCAGAGUGGCGGCCUGGCUGCACGUCCCCAUCCUGCAGAGCCGGUUCAUCGCGCCGGCCGCGGCGCUGGGCUUCUGCUUUCACCACGCAGAAGCGGACUCGUCCACGCUGACCCUGUGGCUGGGACCGGGGCCCAGCAGACUCCCAGGAUAUGCGACACAUCAGGUGGGAGUUGCAGGAGCUGUAUUUGAUGAAAAUACUAGAAAAAUACUGGUUGUCCAAGAUCGAAAUAAACUGAAAAACAUGUGGAAGUUCCCAGGAGGCCUGUCGGAGCCUGGAGAAGACAUCGGAGACACAGCAGUUCGCGAAGUGUUUGAAGAGACGGGCGUAAGAUCCGAGUUCAAGUCCCUCCUGAGCGUGCGGCAGCAGCACCGCCACCCCGGGGCCUUUGGGAAGUCGGACAUGUACCUGAUCUGCCGCCUGCAGCCUCGCUCCUUCGCCAUCCAGCCGUGCCCCCACGAGUGCCUGCGCUGCCAGUGGAUGGACCUCGCCGAGCUGGCCAGGGCCGCGGACGCCACGCCCGUCACCAGCAGAGCCGCGCGGCUGCUGCUGUACGGGCACAGGGAGGGCUUCGACAGGGUCGACCUGACGGUGGCCCAGCUCCCGGCCGCGCACACCGGCUCGUUCUACAAGCUCUACCACCGGGCGCUGCCGGACCCUUACAAAACGAUGGCAGGAGUGGACUGAGCCAUGGUUACGCGUGAAAAACUUGGCUAGAUCGUGCGUGCAGGUUAACGUGCGCCGUGUUAUAAGAGUGUGAGCGUUUGGGGUUAAAUAGUAUCUGACUUUAAUUUUCUAAUGUGUAUGAUUUCCAUGAAGAAAAUCAGCAAGUGUGUAUAUUUUCAAAGCCUGUUUUCAAAUGAAGCCAAUGUGUGGAACAGACGGUAGCCCUAAGUAAGCGCCACUGGAUAAAGGCAAAUGCUAUAUAAAAGGUGGAAGUCGAUACUUUUUUCAGGAAUUCUUGUUUUUCUUUACUAAGGCCGUGGUUAAAUGCUC